CAUGCACACAGCAGACUCGAAUGUUCACGCCUUGUCCUACGGUCCAUCACUUGAAAGCCCUCAAUGGUGAAACCACAGAGCGAUACCGACGUGAAGGAUAAUACCGCAACAUACACCCCCGAGAUAUUCCCUAUAGACGAAGAGAAAAAGCUUCUUGAAGAAUCGAACACUGAGAAAACCUCCGCGAACAAAUCAUUCACAUCUGGAGGCUACGAUGGCGCAAUACAGGGCUACGAAAAAGCUCUUGCAGUAUGUCCAACAUAUCUCGAAUACGACAUCGCAGUCUUGCGCUCGAACAUUGCAGCUUGUCACUUGAAGCUCGAGGAGUGGAAACAAGCUGUCGAAUCAGCGACACAGGCACUGGAGGCACUAGACAGGCUCGAUCCUCCCGUCGUGAAACAGGCGGAGAACGGUAGAGGGGAAGUCCAUGGAGGAAGUGGCGGUGUCGUUGGCGAAGUAGACGAUAGCACAGAAGUCCUCCUCGAAGCCCUCACCCGCACCGGCCACACCAUAAACGACGUCCACAAGAUCCGCACAAAAGUUCUCCUGCGCCGCGCAAAAGCACGGCACGAAGUGGGUGGGUGGGCUUCCUUUCAAGGCUCUCUAGAAGACUACCAAGCACUCUCCAAGCCACCGCACCAGCUCUCGUCCCUCGACCAGAAAGCUGUCCAAGCAGCGUUGCGCAAACUGCCACAAGAGCUCGACGAAGCGAAGAAUGCCGAGAUGGCGGAUAUGAUGGGCAAGCUGAAGCAGUUGGGGAAUGGCAUACUGAAGCCGUUUGGGCUAAGUACGGAUAACUUCCAGUUUACAAAGGAUGAGAAGAGUGGGGGAUAUAGUAUGAAUAUGAAUCAGAAUCCGGGUGGGAAGUGAGGUCGUGCGCGAUCCUCUUUGACAAUACACUUUACCCUGAGCCUCUAAGGCAUGAUUCUGGGUUGUAGUGUGAUUCCCGAUCAGUUCGAUGCAAAAUCGUAUCCUCUGUGCCAAUAGAGAUACAAGAGUGGUCCUCGACCAAACAGAAUCCUUAGUCAGACGACGACGAUGCAGAAAUCGUUGGCUAUGAUUCCAACAUUCUGGAUUAGAAUGACAACAAUGUCUACAAUAAAUUCCACUAAUGCUACUAUAUGUAUGGGAAGCCAAUACUUCCAGGGGUCAUGCACUCUGUAACACGACAUAACGUAAGAAAGCGCAUACCUAGAGCUACCUGUUAAACUGUUGCCAGU